AUGCGAGUGCUUAUUGUUGAACUUGCGCACAUUCUCCUCAUUGUUACUGCAUUUAAUGUGAGGAAGGAGUUCGAUCCGCUCCGUAGCAAAGGAACUGAAAUUUCCCAGAGAUUGCUGCAAAAACUCGCAGCUCAACUGAAAGAAGAGAUGACCGAAUUCUCUGAGGAUGAAUACGACAUUAAUAACAUGCAAAAGAUUACAGCGAAACCAACAGUUCCACAACAAGGCAGCGGAGAUAUUACUCUAAGAAUUUUCCCGAAUGGGAUCAAGUACAUCUUCGAGCAACUGGUACAGACAAUCCGACAUGAUGCUAUGCGCCAUCGCCCACACACGAUGCGGACCUCGUAUCAUGGCAUGGACAUCAAUGUUGAUUCCAUACAAAUCGUCGAAUUCCUAGCGCCAAGGCUCGAAGCCGAACAUAUGGGUGGUUCCAAAUUUCGAUUUUCAACUCAUGGCGGUGGAAUGCGUUACCUUGGUCUCUACUCCGCCGUCUACAAAACCACAAGGGAGGGACAAUUUGAAGCCUUCCUGGAGGGCAUCCGAAUUAAUUUGGAUGUCAAUUUUGAGGAAAUCAACGGCAAGGUUAAGGUCACACAGGAGAAAUGCCAUGUAGCGUUAGAGGAUGUGCUCGUGCAGCUUACUCCAGCAAUGCCAACGCAAAUCCUCGACCUUCUACAGAAGCGGAUUCAGGAAAGGUUUCAAGAAAAGGUUUGUCCAGCCCUUCUGCAUUUUAUUGAAGAAAUAACCACUACUGCCCUUACACUCGCUUCAGUAGAGGAAAUUGCUCAGCAAACGGAGCCCAUCGGUACUUCAUGUGUUGUUCAACAUGAGAAAGGGGCUUGGAGAUUUGACGCCAAAGGCUUGAAAAUUUCGUUCAAGCGGAGCAACCCGAGGGAAAAGCGAUCGAUCAUAUCUAACAGCGUUAAGGAAUCUCAAGCGUCCGAGUUCGAGACGGCGUCCGUUUCUUUGACUGAGGAAUACGUCAACGAAAUGCUUGGCGACUUGGUAAAAAAUGGAAAUGUCUUCUUUCACCUUCACAUGAUUCCUGACAUCGAGAAAGCGCUGAGAACCCAGUGUACCCAAGAUGACAGCUGUCUCGGUUCGCUAGUGAACCUAGGUCGGGUAGCAAAUGGAUCAGGUCGCCUGGACAGCCAAGUGAUCACACCGCCAUAUAUCGAGUUCCGAAAUCGUGACUCUGCAAUACUUCACAUUACACUUCAUACCGUACUCUCAUUUCAAAAUCGCGCCGCCCAUCAUCGUAUACCGUACCUACGUCUGGAACUCUCAAUGAAGCUACGGAUAGUUGAGCUCUCUUUCGAUCAAUCCAGUCUGGAUGGUUACUACAGAUGGGCAGCAAAAUACGAGAUGAUCGAUCUUCAGAUAAACAAUUUGCACACCGAUUUUGAAGAAAUGAAGGACGUAGCUCGCCGUAUACACAGACUUUUUGGCGAUAACCGAGCUCGUAUCGAGGAGCUUCUUUCAACGCAUUUGAACGGGGAACUUCCAUUCCGCUUGAAUCCGCACGUGUAUCUCCAACCAAAAUCUGCCAUUUUCGGUCACCGUAGAGUCACCAUACCGCUGAAUUUUACAGUGGACAAACGACUAUUUCCAGCAUUUCAAUUUUUACGUUCAUUAUUCUUCUAA